ACCGUAGCAUAACAAUACAUAUUAUAUUGUCAAUUUGUAUUGAAGAAAGUUUGAGAGCGUAAAAGACAGAUAUUUUCUUUGGAUUGAGGGAACGUGAAGAGAGAGAGAGAGAUGAGGACUGAUGAGAUGAUGAUGGUUGAAUGGGAAAGCUGAGAAAGAAAGAGAUGGGAAAGCACAGAAAGAGAGAGGUGGGAAAGCAACUAAACUAAAUUUUUUGCUUCACUUGAAAGCUUUCUUCCUCCUUAACCUCUGUGUCUCUUGCUAGCUAUUUAAUUACCACUCUUUCUCAACCAUAAAUACCCUUUUUUUUUUUUUUUGGCCCCCCAAUCUCUUUCACUCACUUUCUGAAUUAUUCUCCUCCUUUUAUGGCUUUCAUUUCCACUUUCUUCUCCAUUAAUGCCCUUUUCCAUCUCUUCUUCUUCUUCUUCUUUUUCUUCCUCUCAUCUUGAGGUUGUUCUAUACAGUCUCCAAGCAAAAAAGCUAAGCUUCUUUCUAUUGCAAAGAAGAGCACUAGAGAUAUCAUAUCAGCUGCAGAGUGCUCAAUAUGACAAGGCUAACUCCACCAAAAAGCCCUGUGGUAUCAAAAAAGAAGUCGGGUUGUAUGUGGGGUUUAUACAGCCUCUUUGACUUUCGCCAAGGUCGAUCUGAUAAGAAACUGAUUUCGUAUAGAAAGGGUUUAAAGAAACAUGUUGUUGGUGAAAGAAAUCUUAAGAGACAUGAUUUGCUUGACAAAUUGGAGGGGAAAUGCCAAGGCAUUGAUGACAAAAGCAAAAGCUUACUUGAUCCCGAUAUUCAAAACAAAAAGAAACUAAAGGGGGAUGAGAUUUCCACCAUGCAGCAGAUAAACUUAGUUGAUCCUGAUAUGCAGUCUUCUUCUAAAGGUACUUGUCAAUUACCAAAAAACAAUGGAAAGGCAAGAAAAAAUUGUCAGAGACCUUGUCAUGUAACUCUUCAUGGUCAGGCAGAGGCAGAGAGGCAUAAGCAACCUUCUCAACCAAAUUCAAUGGAUAGAUCUUCACAUAAGAUUGACUCGGCUGCAACGAAAGAAAUAUCCUUCAAACAGUCGCGUCCUAAAAAGCGGAGAGGCUUUGGUUGUAGAAAUGUCGAUUUUGUUGCUCACAGCCAGGUUAAUAAUCUUGAGUUAGUACAGAUGAAAGAUGCAGCUGAGGCAGUUGUGAAUCAGAAAUUCAUUGAUGGAAAGUACCUAAGCAGUAAUGGAGUAAACCAACAGUCUAAACAACUAUUAGAUGCAUUGCAGAUUUUGAAUAAGAACAAGGAGCUAUUUACGAAACUCUUACAGGACCCAAAUUCUCUUUUAGUGAAACACAUUCAGAAUUUGAAGGAUUCUCAAACAACAAAGCAGCAGAGAAAAUCUUUUUCUGAAGCCAAAAUAUCAGAAUAUCAUCAGACAGAUUGUGCAAGGCAAUAUGAAGAACCUGCCCGUACAGAAAAGUCGAAGGCUUCUGAUAAUUUCCAGUUGAAGGGAAGAAAUGAUCCCCAACUUUCAGAAAGAAUAACAGUUUUGAAGCCUGACUUAACAACCAUUCAAAACUCUGCUGGUGAAACAAAUCGUUGCACCUCUCUACAGUCUUACAAUAGCUUGGAAGAAAGUGCAAAAAAUGUUAGAAUUACAUAUUUUCCUUUUGGGCGUGUAACAAGGAAAUUGAGACAUGCUAUGGGGGUAAGCAAAAAAGAUCAGCAAUUGUUAUCAACCAAUGUUAUGAACAAUAGAUCUCCCUAUGAAUGCAAGAGAUUUGAAGAUGGUCAUAAAGGUAAAGGAAGGGAAAUCACAAGGCUAAAUUCUCCAACUAUCAUGCAUGUCGAUAAUGGUGAAAUGGCAAAGUCUUCUAAUGAUAUUUGGAAAAGGGACAAGAUUGACAAGUUGGAAGGUUUCAAAUCAAGCACUGGACAUGAAACGGCUUCAAGUAGCCAAAGUAGCUUUAGAAGCUCAAACUUGAUGGUUUUUAGCCAUUAUAAGAAAAGUGAAUCUGACAUGGACCUGGAGGCCCUGAAACACCCCUCUGAAGUGUUAAAAACUAAAUCUAUGGGUCAUACUUUUUCCCAAAGUCAGACACCAAAAACCUGGCAGAGGAAAACUGACUUCUUCCGUAUACCAAGUCCUGUGAGAGACAGUGAACAUGGCUCUAUUAUGGAAGACAUGAGAUUCGUUCCAUAUAGAAGCUGCCAACUUGUUUAUGAGAAUAAAUGGAAAUUUCAGAAAGAACAGAAAGAAAGGUAUUCAAGUUCAUUGAAGCAGCACAAAGAGGCUCCUCCUGAUAAUAAGAAACCGAACAAUCAAUUGCAACUUUUCGACACAAAGUCAAAUAUUUCAGAGACUAGUUGUGCCCCAACCAAAGUUAUUGAAGUUGAUUCAGGCUUUAAAGGCUGUGUGAAGAUUCUUGAAGCUAUUGGUACCAUACACCCAGAAGAGAGAAAUCCUAUGGAAGUGCCUGCUGAACCAGAUGGUACAGACAAGAUCAGUACCUUCCAUGGAGGAGAAGCUAAUCCUUUAGGAGGGAUGUCCAAAUGUGAUAGCAUAGGCGAUACCUAUACUGCAGAUGCAAAUGACAUUAUACAUACAGCUAGUUCAAAUGAAGAAUAUGAACAUUUUAGGUGCUUCAAACAGGAUUCGUCUUUUGAUGAUCAACCAUCAACCUCUUCAGUUGAUGAUGUUUCUUCAUCAACCCCUUCAAGCAUUGAGACUGUGCCGGAUCCUGAUACAAUUGAAGAUAGAAGACAUCAGUCAAGUCCAAUUUCUGUUCUUGAGCCUUUUUUCACAGAUGAGACAAGCCCUGAAAGCACUUUGUGCAAUUCUGCUGAAGAUCACAGUUGUUCUGCUCUUUCGAUGUCACCAUUGAAUCCUAAAAUCAGUUCAGCUACUUGUUUAGAUUAUGGAUCCAUCCCUGACAACAUAAGGGAAUUGCUGCAAAUGACUGGCAUUAAUUGGGAUGAGCUCUCAAAAAAGUUCCAUGAAGCAGAUCAACUUCUAGAGCUUGACCUAUCAUCUCUGCUUGACACAGCAAAGGUUCAGGCUAACCAGUCCUGUGAUACUCACAGGCUCAUCAUUGACUGUAUUAAAGAUGUUCUUCUAAAGGUAUAUCAUAGUCAUUUUAGAUUCUCCCAUUGGGUGUCAUUAACCAAACCAAAUUUCCAAACACUUCCAGUAGAGAAAUUUGUGAUUCAUGAAAUUACAAAGUGCAUUGAUUGGCACCUGCUCAAACAGCCAUCACCAAUAACAUUGGAGCAGCUCGUUGUAAAAGACUUAACCAGAUGUGGAACAUGGCUAGAUAUCCGAAACGAUGUUGAAGACAUAGUUGUUGAGACAGUGGAAGAUGCUUUAGAGGAGUUGAUCAUGGAAACCAUUCUUGAGCUGCAAAUUUGAAGUAUACUCUUAAGAAUGGUCAAGGAAAUUAGGCAUGAUUGAUGGGAUAUAUAUAUAUAUAUAUGAACUGAGCUUUUUGAGUUUUCUUGAAAUUUCAUCUGCAGAGUCCUCAAAUCAUAUAAUCCCAGUUUUUGACCAUUGCAUGGAUUAAGGACAAAGUAUAAGGAAGCUUUCGGCUUAGUUAUGGAUGAACAUCUUGGUUGGUCAAUAGAUGGGCCACUGAAGAGUGGAAAUAGUCUUUGUCAUAUUCAUAGGUAAUUCAACCAGAUCCAUAGGCUUUGUCAUCCUGUACAUAUAGUGCAAAAAAUGUCUUUUCUUUCUUUGUAUAUUCAAUUUUUUAAUUUGUUAUCCUAAAAAAUCCUUAUUUGAUGGAACAGUGAAUAUGCCAUGCCUUUACAAUCUUUAUUCCUCUUUCUCCCUAAUA